AUGAGCCAGAACAGUAUAUUGGAUCGGCUUUGGGCUCUCGAUACCAAUACGGUAUCUGAUGCCUUGGACUUCCUUAACCUCAAAGGAGCCACAUUUGGCCUACAACCACUAUGGGAUUGCCCCAAGAUCAUUGGACGCGCCAGUACAGUAAAGGUUGGCUCAAAGACGGAGUCAACUCCGACUACCCAUCUCAUUACUCCAGUGAUAGAUGCCAUUACUUCAGACGAUCGAAUUCUUGUCGUCUCUGGUGGCACGGAUGGUAUCUCCUGCUGGGGCGAUAUCAUUGCUAAUGCUUCGAAAGUGAAACGCAUUCGUGGAACAAUCAUCGAUGGCAUGAGCCGCGAUAUAGAUGGAAGCCGCGAGAUCGGCUAUCCAGUUUUUGGCCGGGGUGUUACCAUGAUUAGUGGGCGCAAUCGAUUGGUACAAAUUGAGUCGGGCAAGCCUGUGCAUAUGCGAGGUGUUACAGUCCAUCAAGACGACUACGUGAUCGCUGACAGAUGCGGCACUGUGUUCGUUCCAGCAGAGUACAUCGGGGAGGUCCUGGCUUUAGGUGAGAAGAUUGACCGUCGUCAGAGCCUUAUGGUCCAUGCUGUUCGUGCAGGUCAGCCCGUGUCAGAAGUGAUGCACGACAAGCAGUUCGAAGCUAUCAGUGACACAGAUGGCGCAAACAUGCUGUCAGCGUCAGCGAAAUCACCCUAUCAGCAGAAUCCAAAGAAAGCCAGCGUCGAAGACCAAGAAUUGGUAGCGCUAUUCAGGGAGUCAGAUACUCCCGCAGUUUCUGACGCACUUGAUAGACUUGGAAUCUCCGGGCAGGCUUUCAACAUCAUGCCUUUAGCGAAUUAUAAAAAAGCAACUGUUGGGCCUGCCUUUACUGUACGCUACGUACCCGCAAGCGAUCCGCCUGGGAGUGUGGGAGACUUCAUUGAUGAUGUUGCUAUGGGUGAUAUUGUAGUCAUCGACAAUGGAGGACGCACCGAUUGCACUGUUUGGGGCGAUAUAAUGACGCAGUAUGCCGGUUUACGGGGCAUUGCUGGAUCGGUCAUUGAUGGCGUGUGCCGCGACGUUAAUCGUGCCAUCGCCGAUGAUUAUCCUCUUUUCACGGCCGGGCGUUGGAUGCGGACUGGCAAAGACCGUGUUCAAGUAGGAGGUACCAACGAGUCCAUCGGUAUUGGCAAAGUACGUGUCAAACCUAGGGACAUUGUCGUUGCCGAUGCAAAUGGCGUCGUUAUUGUUCCACGGGGUCGAGCCCGCGAGGUGGCCGAGAUCGCGCAGAGAAUUGAGAAGGGUGAAGCCAGCAUCCGAGAAAUGAUUGCAGGCGGAGACACAAUUGCAGUGGCAAGAGAAAAGCUUGGGUACCAUACUUUGCAGCGCAAAGGAUAA